AUGUCCUACGUCUACAGGGAACGUGAGCGCGACCGUGAUUGGGACGACUCUCGUCCCGUCACCAUCAAGCGUUACGUCAUUCCCUCCGAAGAUGAUCGUGAGCGUUCCCGAGAGUUCGUGAUGCGGCGCGAUGAUUCUUACACCGGCGACCGCGAGCUGGUCAUCCGGCGCAAGACCGAGCGCGAGGUCGACCACGAUGACCGACGCUACGACCGGGACUACGAAAGAGAUUACUACGAACGUGAGUACUCCGAGCCCUCCGCCCACCGUCACUACUCCCGGUCCGUGGACUACCUGGAGAGACCUCCUCUUCCUCCUUCUGCACCCGUCGUCAUUCGCGAGCAGCCAAUAAUUGUUCAUGAAGCCCGAAACGUCUAUGUGAAUUCCCGCGAGACCGAGUACGACCUGGUGCGCCGUUCCGAUACCGAGGACGAACCCUACUACUCCAGCCGCCGCCGUGACCGUGACUACGAUGAGCGUCGCAGCCGCCGUGAACUCAGUCCGGGUGACUCUGUCUCCCAGGCGACUCGCCACCGCAGCGAUCGUGACCAGGACUACAGCAGCGAUGACAGCAUGGUCUACAUCCGCAAGGAAACUGAAACUCGCGGCAACUAUGACCCCGACCACCCGCAUCACCGUCGCCAUAUGGCCGAGGGGGCUCUCGCUGCCGCCGGUGCCGCCGAGCUGUUCCGCAGCCAUCGCAAGAAAUCCGGCGAAGACGUGAGUCAUGGCGUCGGCCGCCUUGGUAAGACAGUGGGUGCAGGUGCCCUGGGAGCUGUCGCCGUCAACGCGGCAUCGCAUGCACGCGAUUACUACCGCAGCAAGAGCCGACACCGCUCUCGUUCAAUCGAUGAUGACCACCGCUCUCAUCGCCAUAGCCACCACGACCGUGGCCGUCGCAGCCGCAGCCGCUCUCAGUCUAACUCGCAUACCCGGCACUUGAUUGAGCUUGGUCUAGGCGCUGCGGCCGUGGCUGGUGCGGUAGCCGUCAUGAAGAACAAGAAAGACAAAGAUGAGCGUCGCAGCCGCUCUCGAACUCGCUCUAAAUCUCGUGGCCGUGGUUUGAGCACGGCCCGCUCUGAGCCUGAUGAGGCGCGCAGUGCCUCCCAGCGUCGUAAGCACAUGGCUGGAGCCGGUCUGGCCGGCGCUGCUGUCGCUGGCCUGGUUGAACGUCACCGAAGUCGCUCGCGGGCCCGCAAGGGUGAACGCUCUCAUAGCCGCAUUAGACAGGUUCUUCCUGUUCUUGCUGCCGGCCUGGGAACUGCCGCUGCCACUGGCUUCUAUGAGAAGAAAAAGGCAGAGAAAGAUGCCGCCAAAGAAGGAGUUAGCCGUGACGGACGUCGAUCGCGCUCGCGCUCUCAGAGUGCUGCACCUGUAGGGAUGUACCCAGAUCCUUCCCGCACCUCCGCCGGUUUGAUCGAGUACGGCAACGAUCCAGUCGCCGGUAGCAUCCCCGCCGAGCACUACUAUGGCCAGCCUACCAGUCCCGGUGGUCCUUACUACUCGGACGGCGCAGAGUACGGUUCGCGGCGGCACAGCCGUACCCGCAACCUCAGUGGUAGCGAUUCGGGCUCUGACGGGGAGGGUCGCCACAGACGCCGAAGCAAGCAUCGAAAGCACCGCAGCCGCUCGCGGGAUAUCGCUGGGGCAGCUUUGGGUGCCACUGGACUGGGAUACGCGGCGCACAAGUAUUCGCAGCGAAAGGACCGCAAACAGGCCGAGAAGGAGGGCCGCUACGUCGACGAUGACCAUCGUGAUCCCUACGAGGAGGGCUAUGAUCCGGAGCCGUACCCGCCUUCUCCUCACCCUGCAGGCGGCCCGCCCCCGGAUCCUCGCUACUAUCCCAACGGCACCUACUUCCCGCCGCCGCCAGGCUCGACCCCGAAUCUUGGAGCUGCGACUGCGCCGUAUAACCCGCCCGACUACCCUCCCCCGCCUGGUGCGGCGCCCCCGCCACAGCCCUACAGCUACGGCGCCGGGCAAGCACCUGAGCAGUACGCGCCGCGGCCACGGAGGGCCGAUGAGAAUGUGAGCUCCACCCCAUCCACUGACCAGUACACGACUCGUGAUGGUCUAGAUAGGAAUGGAAAGCCCUCUCGCCGCCGGUCUCAAUCUGUUAGCCAGCCCAUGCAGUCGAAAUCGGUCUCCUUUGAUCUUGACCCCGAGACAAAGAGUGAUACUGGCUACGAGACGGACGAUAGCGACGCUACUAUUGAUGGUCACAACGAUCACCAUCGUCACAAUCACCGCCGCCGCCACCAUCGUCAUCAUCGUCGUCGCCAUUCAUCCUCUGUUCCUCGCUCCCCAAUGCCCUAUCCCAGUUCGUCAUCUUCCCACCACCACCACCACCACAGUUCUUCCUCUUCGCGUCAUUCUUCCAACGCCAAAAACCAACCUGAAAACAAGUCCUCUUCAACAGACUCAGACUCGACCAUUGAUCUCCCCGACCGCUUCGACUCGCAGGGUCGUCCACUUACCCAACGCGGUGUCGAGGACCCCGCUGCUGCGAAGAUUGAGGAGAUGAUCAAUAAGUUCAGCAAGAUUCUAUUUUGA